CCAAAGUGGCCCGCUGAGUCAGCCUGCGGGGCGGCGCGCACACCGCGUGACCACGGCCACGUGACCAAAGCGAGGCCCGUCGGCCGGCGCAGUCGCCUCGGCAGCCUCGGGAGGCGUGUGCAACAAGAUGAAGCUCAUCAUCCUGGAGCACUAUUCGCAGGCCAGUGAGUGGGCGGCCAAAUACAUCAGGAACCGCAUCAUCCAGUUUAACCCAGGACCAGACAAGUACUUCACCAUGGGACUCCCCACUGGGAGCACCCCACUUGGCUGCUAUAAGAAACUGAUUGAGUACUACAAGAAUGGAGACCUGUCCUUUAAAUAUGUGAAGACCUUCAACAUGGAUGAGUAUGUGGGCCUUCCUCGGGACCACCCAGAGAGUUACCACUCCUUUAUGUGGAACAACUUCUUCAAGCACAUUGAUAUCCAUCCAGAGAACACCCACAUUCUGGAUGGGAAUGCAGCUGACCUGCAGGCUGAGUGUGAUGCCUUUGAGCAGAAGAUCAAGGCUGCAGGUGGGAUCGAGCUGUUUGUCGGAGGCAUCGGCCCCGAUGGACAUAUUGCCUUCAAUGAGCCAGGUUCCAGCCUGGUGUCUAGGACUCGUGUGAAGACAUUGGCCAUGGACACCAUUCUGGCCAAUGCUAGGUUCUUUGAUGGUGAUCUUGCCAAGGUGCCCACCAUGGCCCUGACAGUGGGUGUAGGCACUGUCAUGGAUGCUAGAGAGGUUAUGAUCCUCAUCACAGGCGCUCACAAGGCUUUUGCUUUGUACAAGGCCAUUGAGGAGGGGGUGAACCAUAUGUGGACCGUGUCUGCCUUCCAGCAGCAUCCCUGCACCGUGUUUGUGUGUGAUGAAGAUGCCACCUUGGAGCUGAAAGUGAAGACUGUCAAGUAUUUCAAAGGUUUAAUGCUUGUUCAUAACAAGUUGGUGGACCCCCUGUACAGUAUCAAAGAGAAAGAAAUUGAGAAAAGCCAGUCUUCUAAGAAACCAUACAGUGAUUAGCCUAUGCUGGGACCUACUAUCAAGUACCUCAUAGGAAAUUUUCUUUAGGAGAACAGAAUUGUUUUUUCUUUAGUCCAGUAUGGUUACUGCAGUAAGUAGGUGAACUUACUCUUCUUGGUUCCGAGGCUAGAAGCCUUGUCAUGGAGUUCAGCUGUGGAAUGACAUGUAACUUAAUCAGAAACGGUCUCUGAACAGUGUUCUCCAUCAUGUUGUCCACCACACCCAUGUUAGGGCUUCUUGGCUUUUUGUUCUGCCUUAGCCACCGUUCAUGUGUACAACACACUCCUGUCAGGAAUUUCUAUCCUUAUGUGCACCUAUUAGAGGGUGGGAAUUAGGGGCUUGUGUAUUUUGGACUCAAUCUCUUUGGAGUCUUGAGACCUCCUCUUGUGCAAGCCUGCCCCUUAUGUGAGAACUGCUGCUUCAGGUUAAGGUAUGCACUUGAUAUCUAAAUGACAUACAAGGUAGCAGCUUCUCUGGUCAGUAACAAGUACCACAGAAAGAAACUGUUCUUACUCUCUUUCUCCUAGUUGUUUUUCUGCUCUCAAGGUGGCUUUUCCAUGAACUGGGAGGACUCCUUGGAGGAGGAUUUGGGUGGCUGGGGCUAUUCCAGAGGUCUAUCCAUGACCCAAAAGGAGAGAGGUAGAAACCUUUUCCCUCUAGAGCCCUGUGUUUUUGUCAGAGGUCUCUUACAUACUCAUCAGUAAGGAGGAGACGCACCAGGGCAACAGACACUUCUACAGCUUCAGUGUUGUGAUCAGACAAGGUGCUGGGGCAGAAAGCAGCUCAGUUCUGAGUUUAGUCACUACACACAAAUGCCACACUCUCCUGCCUCCCUCAGAGUUGAGUGCCAAGGCCACACACCAGAUACUUUUAGUAUUGUUGCCCCAUUUAACAUACCCUGCUCCUCUAACCCUCUCAGGUUUGUGUGGUAGGAUCUGAUGUCAGAACAUCAAGAAUUACAAGCCUGGGCUGUGGAUGUGGCAUUUGCCUAGUGUGCAUGAAGCCCUGGGUUCUGUUUACAGCACCACAAAAAAUUUCAAAAAACAAAAACCCUUUGCCCAUUUGUCCUUCAGCCCUCCCUGCUAAAUAUUUUGUUGCUGUCUUCCUCUUAUGCCCUUAAGCCUUUGUGGAGUGGUUGCUGCCUCAGCCUCCCUGUUCUGGUGCCUGUUUGAAGCUACUGCUGCUUAUUUCUGGGAAAAUUCUGGCUCAGGCCUCUCUUUAAGUGCUGCCUUUGGCAUCAGCAUCUCGUCCUUUAGCUUUUAUACGUGAUUGUGCUGUCAUUCUAUGUUAAGCUAAUCAAUCAGUGGACUUGUUUACAAUGUGAUUUUUUCUAUUAAAUCCAAUAUUUUCAAUAAA